UCCUUUUCCCGUCCGGAGGUGUUGCGGGAAGCGUAAAAGAGUCUCGGCGUGGCCGGCAUGGCGAGCGCGCGGCGGUGCCUCCUUCUGCUCUUCCUCCUUUUCCAAAUGGCCGCCUUGGGUGCCUCGGCGCCGCUGGAGCCCGGCGGAGGAGCAGCAGCAGCAGCAGGAGGAGGAACAGGCGGCGGCGCGGAGGAAGCAGAGGCGGAGGAGGCCGCAAAGGAGGGCCCAGUACUCACAUCACAUGAUGAAUCCAGAACGUCCCCAUCUGGAGAAACCUCAAAGACCGAUCAAACUGACACGAAGGAAAGUCAGAAAUCAAUUAAACCCAAAAAUGGAGAACAGAUUGUUCCAAGUUCUCAUGUACAGAAUCCAGAGCUUAGUAGACAUCAGGAAAGUGGGAUUUCGCAAAAUAAUGCCAAACCUCCCCAGGCUGAUUCACAUGUUACACCUGCUGCUGAUAGCAACCAAAGUCAUACAUCUGAAUUAGAGUCUGUCGCCCAAAAGCAAGGUCAUAGUAAAGCGGAAGAAGGAGACGACUUGCCAAACAAAGGCCCGCCUGAUGUUCCAGAUUCCAAAAAAACAGAUUCCAAAGAUGUAAAGGAAAUUCCCAAAGGCCUUCAGCCUGAUGUACCUGUUCCGGAUCCUCUUUCCAAAAAAUCAGAUUCUAAAGAUGGCAAGAAAACUCCCAAAAACCUUCCACCUGAUGCAUCUGUUCCAGAUUCUAGUUCCAAAAAAUCAGAUCCUAAAGAAGACCAGGAAACUCCCCAAAACCUUCCACCUGAUGCAUAUGUUCCAGAUUCUAGUUCCAAAAAAUCAGAUCCUAAAGAUGACAAGGAGACUCUUGAAAAUGUUCAGCCUGAUGUUCCAGAUUCUCUUUCUAAAAAAACAGAUUCUAGUGAAGUCAAGGACACUCAGAACUUACCACUUUCAGUUGAAGAUAAUAAAUCUACUGCAGCUGAACCAGAAGCUCCUCCCCUAAAAGAAGAUCAGAAUGGAGACAACCAAAAUGGGAUCUUGACAAAGCUUAAGCCCCCUCAACCUGGUGAAACUGAACCAGAAUUUACUCCUGAAAAGUCAGUACAAGAUGGGAAAUUGCCAACUGCUGUUGAAAACAACCUACCUGAUACUUCUGUCUCUAAAGAUGAGGAUGAUGAAGAGGAUGGUUUGGAGGAGGAUGACAUGGCUGGUGAAGAUAAGGUGGGAGAGGAGAUUGCAGGAGCUUCUCAACCUGAGAAGGAGGAAGCAAAGACUUCACCCGCUGGUCCAGCCCCUAAAAAUGGAUCUGAAAAUAGCCAUUUCUUUGCCUACUUGGUGACCACAGCUAUUGUUGUUGCUGCACUAUACAUUGCUUAUCACAAUAAGAGGAAGAUCAUUGCCUUUGCACUAGAAGGGAAAAAGUCCAAGGUAAUCCGAAGACCAAAAUCCAGUGACUAUCAGCGACUAGAUCAAAAGAUCUAAGUCAAACCCAGAAGUUCCAGCCUAAUGACUGGUUCAGUGUGGACUUGUCCUGAAAAUGAGCCUAGAGAAACCUGAGCAGUGUUCUGCCUUUUGUAGUACAGCUUGACGCCUCUUGGCUGUGCUGAGCGGGAAGGAAGAACAGAAGUGCUCCUAAUUGUGCACAUGCACUUUGGUGAAAUCCUCAGCUGUUUGUACCCCUUUCAUGCUCUUGAGACCUGUAUUGUUUUCUCCCCAAUUAUGACAGAAGAGACAACGAGGGAUCUUACUGUAUCUCUGUCCACCCAUUCAAGUGAUGUGAAACUUAAUCGACUGUAUUGACCUGAGAGUUGUACUUAGAGGGUGCCUUGUCUGUUGACCAAGCUUUAAUUCUUAAGGUCCCUUGUACUGCUUUCGUAGCUGAUGCAGCAUGUAUGAGUUGACAUGAAGGAAGGCUGUGGAAUGUGUAUUGAAACAGCUCCUUUUUUUGAUCCGUUGCACUAGUUGAAGGGUGGUUUUCUGGGCAUACCUAUUAGACGUCUGUCCGUGUGUAGGUGGCAAUAUUGAAAAAUGAUCUCAAGAUACAUCAGGACAGGCGUGGAGGAAUAACCAUACUCCGUGGUUUCCUUUUGUUCAGUUUCUGGCCCAUUUCUGAUAUUUAGACCAAAGAUAACAUGAUUGGAAGUCUACUGUUUGAAAGAAUUUGGGAAUAUUUUGAUCUGUUUUUCUCUGCCAGGCUUCUUUGGAAAGAAUCUUAACAAAUAAGGUCACUAUCAUGCAGUGUUUCUCAACCUUCCUAAUGCCACGACCCUUUAAUACAGUUCCUCCUGUUGUGGUGACCCCCAACCAUAACAUUAUUUUCGUUGCUACUUCAUAACUGUAAUUUUGCUACUGUUAUGAAUCAUUAUGUAAAUAUCUGAUAUUCAGUAUGCAUUUUCAUUCACUGGACCAAAUUUGGCAGAAAUACCCAAUAUGCCCAAAUUUGAAUACUGGUGGGAUUGAAGGGGGUUGAUUUUGUCAUUUGGGAGUUGUAAUAAUAAUAAUAAUAAUAAUAAUAAUAAUAAUAUUUAUUUAUUUGACCAGUCAUAUGACCAUUUCAAAAUGGAACACGAGUAAAAAAACAAGGCAAAAAGGUGAGGACAGCAGCUGACCUUCUAUUUAUAGUCAGAAUUUUAUUUUCCUGGUUCUUCUUUCAGGAAAUCUAUUCUUUUCUUAAUAGCUUUCAGAAUAAAAAGGCUUACUCUGAUUAUGCUGGAUCUUUCCUGACCUUGCAAGAGGGAUGUCAGAAUAUCAUUUCUGUUGGGGGACCUGCAGUUGGAUAAUAUUGGAUGUAAAUAUCUGUCUCACUGAACAGUUAAUCAAAAAAUGUUCAGUGUCUUCCACUGUUUGUUCUCCCCAUACACAGAAUCUCUCACUUCUUAUUUGGGAGUUGUAGUUGUUGGGGUUUACAGUUCACCUCCAAUCAGCAAUCAUUCUGAACUCCACAAACGAUGGAAUUGAACCAAACCUGGCACACAGAACUCCCAUGACCAACAGAAAAUACUGGAAGGGUUUGGUGGGCACUGACCUUUAGAGUUAUAGUUCACCUACAUUCAGAGAGCACUGUGGACUCAGUGAUGGAUGCAGACCAAAUUUGGCACAAAUAUUCAAUAUGCCCAAAUUUGAACGUGGGUGGAGGCUGGGGAAAAUAGACCUUGACAUUUGGGAGUUGUAGUUGCUGGGAUUUAUAGUUCACCUACUGUGUUUUCUGAUAGUCUUUGGUGACCUCUCUGACAUCCCCUUGCGACCCCUCCAGGGGUCCCGACCCCCAGACUGAGAAACACUGCAAAUGCAAUGCCCUGUUAAAGAUGUUCCAAGAGUCUGGCAGUGGAACUGAGCCUUCCUCAACCACUCGACAUAAUAUUAGGAUGGAAAUAUAUCCUCUCACAUCUUUUUCAGAGGCUGAACUGUUUAAGAGCACUUAUUUCUUUGUAUUGUCAGCUCACAAUUCUACCACUAAAUAGACCUUUUGUCCUCAACCCAAGUAUAUGAUUACAGCUUGUUCACUCCAGAAUCCCGAUAUAGGAUGUCUCUUUAAGUGUGAAGGGCACUUGAGUAGUAUUUGGAAGCAUUGUUCACAAAUGCACUGUAGAAAAUGACAGUUCUGGACUGUAUGUGUUGGUGUGCAUGUAUAUGUGUUGCAUAGUAACAAUUUAAUCUUUGUCCGAAAUCUGACCCAGGUACAAAUAUUCUUUAAGGGCCCCAUAAUUCCAGUGCAAAGCAGCCUGUUUGCUUGUUGAUUUAAGUGUGUGGUAGGCCUGUUCAAUGCAUGGUUCUAAAGUGAUUACAAAACUAAAGUUCUGGUGGUGAAAAUUUCAGAACUCUAACAAAACUCUCAAAAUUUCAUUAUAAAUGACAGUUCCUAAUUGGUUGUCAUAAAAAUCUCCAAUAAUGAAAUAAUAAUUAAAUUUUGAAAGAGUUCUGACAUUUUCACCACCAGAACUUUAGUUUUGUAUGUACUUUAGAACCAGGCCUAGUGUGUGUUGGUUUCUUGCACGCUGCAGCUUUUCUGUUAGCCUUACUUCUACUGGGAUGAGAGAAUAGGAAAAUUGUGAAUCAGGCACAAUACUGAUGUCUGGUUUGUGGCCUUUGAUUUUUCUGUAUGUGUUUCUAAUCAGAUUGUUAAAUGAGAGACAAGACCUCUUUAUUCUUGCCUUUACGAGUGAACCCCUUCCCUCGCUGUUGAGCUUUUCUGCUGUUUGUUUCAAUGGUACCUACAAAAGCUAGGAAUUACUUGUGACCUGGUCAUAAGUGAAACAAAAUGAGGCAUCAGAUGGGUCAGUUUUCAAAUGUUUAAAAAAUUAAUAAAGCUUAAUAGAAAGCUAGUAUGUGUGGUGGAUGAAUGGGUGGGGUGGGUGAAUUUGCUUCUUGCACUUGACUUAAAAACCUCUAAGUUGUUUCUUCUUUAAUAAGUUACUUCUGGAAUGCCUUCUAUUUCUUUCUCAUAAAUUUUGUGUCAUUUUGAGUUUGAUUUCCAGGUUAAUGUUUUAAAUAGCGAAAAAAUUGUUCAGUGCUCUGCAUUGCAUUUCUGUUUUGUUUUGUUUUUGGUUUUUUACCUCAAAUUGCGAUGAAUUGUGUUCUGUUGCUGGAUAGCUUUCUUGCCAAAUGUGUCUUAUUUACUGUUUAGGUCCGCUCCCUUCCCUGUUUUAAUCCACGAGUGUGUGUUUCUGGUUCUGUCAGCUUUAAAAGAAAGAGACACUUUAAAAGUUUAGACUUGUUUUUAAUCUUUGUAUGCCUUUCCCCCUGUGAAGUGAAUUUAAAUAAAUGAAUAUGCCACAA